UCAUAGUAACCAUUGAGACCAGCACACGACAUUAAACAAGACUUGUAAACCAAAAACACAGAGAGGCAGAGGCAGAGGCAAAAUAUUUGUUUUGCUCUGUUUCUUAGAACACUACAGGGCAGGGCAGGGGUAGUUUCUCAGCAAAAAGCAACUACUGUUAGGCGUUUCUUUUUGUCAGAUCUCUUACAACUGCAGCGUACAAAGUUUCCUUUUAGAGAUAAGAGUGAUAGAUUGAUAGAGAUACAUUCUUUUGCAUGCUGGGUUAUCAUUUGUGUCAUCGGAUUUUGAUGCAGUGCACAGCCAAUUCUUUAGAAAAACCAGCUUUUUAGAGAAGGAUAUCGCAUAUUUAGUUCGUACAGGAGGGCAAUUAAUGUGUUGCCAAAUUUCCAUCGUUGUUUCUAUAAGAAUCUGCAAUGUAUAGUAGAAUAGUAACCACUCUCAAGGGAAAGCUGUGACAGCCGUUUUUAGAUUACAGUACUCUACUCGGUGUUUUCUCACUCUUAAAGGCGUAAAACAAGAGAAGCACCUGUGUCUUUGGCAAAAGGAGUUAAAGAAGUGCCAGCUUUGCAGAACUGUCGCACAUUUGUCCGUAAGAGGCCCCUUAAUUUCUCUGUCUCCAAAUUAUAAAUCCGAGAGACAUCUCCGAGGACUUCAAAACCAACUACUAUCACCACUCUUUAAGAUCUGUAGAGGAGCAUUGAAGGAAAAUGUCCAAUCAGAAACAAGGAGAGGAAGCUAUGGUCUCUAGCUUCAAUGACACUGUGCAUGAAGAGAAAGAGGAAGUAAGCAAGGAUGAAUCCGGUUUUAGGCUUAAAAGCAUUCUUUGGCAUGGAGGGUCAGUGUAUGAUGCCUGGUUUAGCUGUGCUUCAAAUCAGGUUGCUCAGGUUCUGUUAACACUGCCAUACUCUUUCUCUCAAAUGGGGAUGCUUUCAGGCAUAAUUUUGCAGAUAUUUUAUGGUUUUCUUGGAAGUUGGACUGCUUACCUUAUCAGUGUUCUCUAUGUUGAGUACCGAAGCAGAAAGGAGAAAGAGAAUGUCAACUUCAAGAACCAUGUUAUACAGUGGUUUGAAGUGCUAGAUGGAUUACUGGGUCCAACUUGGAAAGCUGUUGGGUUGGCCUUUAACUGCACUUUUCUCCUGUUUGGUUCUGUCAUACAGCUUAUAGCCUGUGCAAGCAAUAUCUACUACAUAGAUGACAAAUUUGACAAGCGGACAUGGACUUAUAUUUUUGGAGCUUGCUGUGCCACCACAGUGUUCAUUCCUUCGUUUCACAACUACAGAAUUUGGUCAUUUCUUGGGCUUGGAAUGACUACCUACACAGCUUGGUAUAUGACUAUUGCAUCUCUUGUUCACGGCCAGGUUGAUGGGGUAACUCACUCGGGCCCAGCAAAGGCUGUUCUAUAUUUUACAGGAGCCACCAAUAUCCUCUACACUUUUGGUGGGCAUGCUGUCACUGUGGAAAUUAUGCACGCCAUGUGGAAGCCUCAAAGGUUCAAGUACAUUUAUCUACUCGCUACCCUUUAUGUGUUCACUUUAACACUUCCAUCUGCUGCUGCGACCUACUGGGCCUUUGGAGAUCAACUCCUCACUCAUUCAAAUGCUUUCUCCCUGCUACCCCGCACCGGAUGGCGUGAUGCUGCUGUUAUCCUCAUGCUUAUCCAUCAGUUUAUAACAUUCGGAUUCGCUUGUACACCGUUGUAUUUUGUGUGGGAGAAAGUGAUCGGUAUGCAUGAUACAAAGAGCAUAUUGUUGAGGGCAUUAUGCCGGUUACCUGUGGUCAUACCUAUAUGGUUCUUCGCAAUUAUAUUUCCUUUCUUCGGACCAAUUAACUCAGCUGUGGGGGCUCUUUUGGUCACCUUCACCGUCUACAUCAUCCCUGCUUUAGCUCAUAUGCUCACUUACCGAUCUGCCUCCGCUCGACAGCUACAAUAAUUUCCAACACAAAGGAAUAGGUGGACGUACACUUACCCUGAAAGUUACAGCUGCUGGGAUUGCAGCCAUAUGAUUAGUCACCAGGGAAGUCUAUUUUGGUCCUAAUUUCAUGCUAGCUUACAUAAUUUGGUUGUAUUUUCCAGUUAAUUAGUAGACCAAUCCUAAUUUUGACAUCAUAGAGAUCAGAGAGGCAAAGUUGUCGAUAGGGUACUAUCCUCAUUACAGAAAUUAAAGCACACCAAAAGCAUUAAAAGAUGUUGUCGAAAGGGUACGAUACCCUGUUGUCUUGUAUAAAUUAAUUAAAAGGCAACCUUACUGAUUGUAGAAAGUGCAAUAAUUUCAUGGAUAGUUCCAGCUUGAUAGCUUAGCUUGGACUGUGGAAUUGACCUCGUUAUUCUAGCCCCACUAAUUGGUUCAACGGCUGAAAUUUGAAAAUUUAUUGCAAUGAUGAGGUUGGUCGCAUCUCCUUGUCUUUCAGUUAUUUGCCACAUAUACACUUAUUCCCUUUUGUAUUCUUGGCGAUAGCUGGCUAUCUCUCUGAACGUGCUUCCUGGGGUCACUGGUCUUAUUCCUAGUGACGCAGUAGAAAGUUAAGAAUGGACUGUGCCCUCAAAACUUGAACUCAAAAUUAGAUUCUGCCGACAAAUUUGAACCAGGACAAAAGAAUUUAAGCAGUGCUCGUUAAUCUGUACAUGUGCUCAUCUUUUAAGCUGUAGCAUCCUUAACAAGUCUCGUAAAACUGUUUGUUUCGUUGUUGCAA